AAAAAAGUAAAUGUAAUGUAUGAGCAAAAUUCCCAUCCACCUUUACAAAACAAAAGGGAAAUACACAAAAGCUAACCACGAAAACACAGCACAAUUCAAAUUCAAUCCCGCUAAAUAAUUUAACUGCAAUCUUCUUCUUCAUUUCUUCGAGUUGCAUCAACCACCUCGCUACUUUUCACUAUACACUCAACCCCCUUUCACUAACCAAAACCUAGGGUUAGGGUUUUGCUUCCUCCGCUUCACAGCCAUGGAAGCAGCAGUAAUCGACGCCGGCUCCUACCUCCUCAAAGCCGGUUUCGCAAUUCCUGAUCAAACUCCCGCUAUGAUAAUUCCUAGCCAGAUGAAGCGAAUGGUUGAUGAUAAAUCAUCAGUGGAUGAUGAUGGUAGUGGUCAGUUAGUGGUGGAUGAGGUUUCUGUUGAUCCGGUGGUGCGAGGUUAUGUUAGAGAUUGGGAUGCUAUGGAGGAUUUGUUGCAUUAUGUUUUGUAUACUGGACUUGGAUGGGAAAUUGGCAAUGAAGGACAAAUAUUGUUUACGGAUCCACUUUGUACCCCAAAGGCUAACAAAGAACAGUUAGUGCAACUAAUGUUUGAAACAUUCAACAUAUCAGGGUUUUAUGCAUCGGAACAGGCAGUGUUGUCUCUCUAUGCUGUGGGAAGGAUCUCUGGAUGCACAGUUGAUAUUGGUCAUGGAAAAAUAGAUAUUGCUCCAGUGAUUGAGGGUGCGGUUAACCACAUUGCCUCAAGAAGAUUUGAGUUUGGAGGUACCGAUCUAACUAAUUUUCUGGCUCAAGAACUUGGCAAAUCCAAUCCGCUAGUGAAUAUCAGCAUUUCUGAUGUUGAGAAAAUAAAACAGCAAUAUUCAUGUUGUGCUGAAGAUGACUUAGCUUACCAGAAGACUGAAAAUUCUUGUCCCGUGGAGACGCAUACCCUUCCUGAUGGACAGGUGAUAACAAUUGGAAGAGAAAGAUAUACAGUUGGUGAGGCUUUAUUCCAGCCAAGUCUAUUGGGUUUAGAGGCUCAUGGCAUUGUAGAGCAGCUUGUCCGUACUAUUUCAACGGUGACAUCUGAUAAUCAUCGGCAACUUCUAGAAAAUACUGUGGUUUGUGGCGGCACUUCUUUUAUGACUGGUUUUGAAGAGAGAUUUCAAAAGGAAUCUUGGCUAAGUUCAUCAGCUGUUCGACCUACCUUGGUUAAGCCUCCGGAAUAUAUGCCGGAAAAUUUAACCAUGUAUUCUGCAUGGGUGGGAGGUGCCAUACUUGCCAAAGUGGUUUUUCCUCAAAAUCAGCAUGUUACUAAGGCAGACUAUGAUGAAAAUGGACCUUCCAUUGUUCACCGGAAGUGCUUCUAAAGGAAUGCUUCUGCACAAUAUCCUCAAACAGCUAAUUCCUUUGCACUUGUGUUAUAACAUAUGUGGUAGGCUUUUCAUUUGACUUCAGUUUCUAAAUGCUAGUUUUGCUAGAUGUCAGGUGCUUGUGUAAUUUUAAAAACUAUAGUUAUUAACUUAACUCAAUCAUAUUUGUGUACCAGUGUUUAGCCAUCAAAUCUAGAGUUUUCAGUAAAAUACUAAAAUCUCAGUUUGAAUUUUUUUUUAUAAAAACAAGUAAUGCAGCAAGAACAGCUUGCUUAUCCUGUAACGAGUACUCGAGUAGAGCCUGCAAGAGAUUAAGUUUGGUACUCAGUGACAUCUUGCACAGUUUUGCAAUUUUUACUA